AUGAUGGUUGUCCUAGUCGACGCCUACAAAAAUUUGGAGAUGGAGCGCGAUAAUGUACGCGAGUUGUUUGGCACUAGCCAAGAAAAAGCGUUUCGCCGCAUCUCCGAAUUACAGGAACAGAUUAAUCUGGACCAGCAAGCGAAGCGCGAUCUUGAGCUUAAUUAUCGUCUCCUACUAGACGAGAAAGACGAGUUCGCCAAGGUUCUACGCAUUCAGGUGCCCUACCAAAUUUACUUUUUACCAAGCUUUAUAAAUAACCCUUUCAUCGAUUGUAUCUGA